AUGUUUGCACAAAACGAGGCUGAGAAAAUGGAGGAGGCUUUAACAUCGAGCAGCAUGGCCUUCGAGACCACGGCGGUCACGUUCUUCAUCAUCCUGCUCGUGUGCUUCAGCUGCAUCUUCCUCUUACUGGCAAUCUUUCUAUAUAAAUGUUAUAGAGGUUACAACGAUGAAGAACCAGUGAAGCGCCUCUGUACAGGUGAAGACUGCUUAGCUGCUAACGCAGAGAUGGACAAACCCGAAGAUCAAGACAGGGUCCUACUGCACUUCGUAAACAUGAACAUGCCAGUGAGGCCUGGCAUUCUUGUGCAAAGGCAGAGUAAGGAAGAGAUGAACACAUCCUUAGGAAACAACAUCAAGGCCGAAGAGUAUAAAAACAGACAGACACAUGAGCCUGCGAGUGCUAGAGACACCAGCCCUGAGGGUGAGCUUGCUGAGAAAAUACCCAUACAUGUCCACAGACCUCCUUCAGUUUCGGAAAGCCAAAAAAGACCUUUAAAAGGAGUGACGUUUUCUAAGGAGGUGAUUGUUGUGGAUCUUGGAAACGAAUACCCUACGCCUCGGAGCUAUGCUCGAGAACAUAAGGAGAGGAAAUGA